AUGCUCUCCCGGUUUGUUGGCGUCGCCCGUGGCGCUAGAGCAUACUCGUCAGUGCAGAAGGCCGAAAGCACCUUGUUUUUGUCGGACUUGAUGAAGCGUAUUGACAGCAUCAAUACUAGAACUAAGAGAAUUGCCGAAGCAAAGACUGUUGCGAAACAAGGUCAGAAACCCCAGAAAAACUCCAACCGCGCCGCUUCAAAGGAAGUCAAAGCUGCCAAGGAUACCAAGACGGCCAAGCCCGCUCCUAAACUCAGAGCCAGAAACGACAGCGCACGUAUUGCCGUGAAAGACCAUCCUUUGAGCAGAAACACCUUCAAGUUGAUGGAUGAGUCCAACUUCAAGAAGCCCGAGCGCGCCAGAAGAGGUAACCCUCCUUCGAGAGCCGAAAACAGACCUGCUUCCGCCAGAAACGGCCCUGCUGCGCAGAAUCAAAGAGCCAGACCUCCAAGAAGAACCACCCCAGCUCGUCCUGCUCCAACCACCGAACGCAUUGUUCAGAAAGAGUUAGUAGUUAAGGACUACAAGCCCGCCGUCUCCGGAGAUGACUUUUUCCACGGCAAGCCAGCAUCUUUGGCUAUCUCCACGUCGUCGAGAGUAGCUGCUGUUGCCAAGGAGACAUUGCUUGAGUCCAAAUACCCAUACAAGUUGCCCAAGUCCAUCAUUGAUAAGUUGGACUCAACUUUCGCUGGAAACAAGUUCAUUUUACAGAAGGAUUACACGUUGGACGUGGAUGUGACUAAGUUUGGUACCAGAAUCAACCAGGUUGUGAAGGGCGAAGUGAACAAGAUUAACAUGGGCGAAAAGCCUGCAACGACGUCAGUUUUCACGGCCACGCAAUUGGCUAGAAACGGAGAUUUGACGAUUGCUCAGCAACAAACCAUUUAUGACGUUGCCUCGGGAUUGAAGUCUGCCAAGCUGUUGGUAGAGGGAGCAGUGUGGAACAAGUGA